AUGGACUUUGCACCUUUAUCUCACAUUUUGUCUCCCCCUCGACCAAGCAGUCCUACUCACACCAACUCCAGCAGUGCAACCCGUGUUGAACCAGCGUUCUUUGAUUUUUUUCUCAAGAAAGCAGAUAACUCACCCUGUUUGAUGACCUCUGAUAUAGGACCUGGUACUGAUCAUUCAGGUUCUCCUCAUUCCGGUUCUCCCCCAGCUCCUCUCUCCCCAGUGGAUGAGGUGUCAAACUCUCCUGUAGUGAGAGAGGACUUAUUGCAUAGCCCUUCCCGUCGCGGAAAGCGUGAAUUCACAUCUCUGUCCCAUCGUGGGAAGCCUGGCCACACACCUGCAAUGAAAGAGAGCUUAUUGCAUAGCCCUUCCCCUCGUGAAUCACAUCACAUGUCAUCUCCUUCCUGUAGAAAGUGUUACGCCGCAUAUUCUUCUUGUCAUCUGUCUUCUCAAUCCCCCAACUCAUCCCUUCCCCCUCGUUUGUCUUCUCCUCCAGCUUCUCCCCUUUUUGGGAAGUUUACAAUGGUCUCUCUGUUGGAGCUCCAUAUCUCGGCUCACAUUGCAGAGCACGAGGAGUUGAUGAUGAAGGGCCUCGCGGAAAUGAACUUAUUGACUAUGUACAAAUUAUUCAAGGCAAGGCUUGCUGGCCGUGAAGCUGCAUGCCAAUGCCUUGCGGUUACAGCAUGGGCAAUUCAAGAGGCAAAGCACUACUUAGAGUUUUCUGAGGCGCUCAACAAGGAUAGUAAAAUGCGCCUCAAAUAUUCUGAUGAAGAAUUCCGAAGAGUUAGAGCUGCUCUCACCGGGCGUCACCAUUCAGAUAUCGAGAACGAUGGGAACUACCUUCAAGCUGCCUACAAUGACAAAUGCAACACUCUUCGUGCCAUUGCUGCCCAGGCAGACGCAAUGGGAAAGAUUCUGGGCCUGAACGUCAAGAACGACUUACUGUCAUCUAGGGGAGAAUCUUCUCAUCGCCCUCAAUUCACUAGCUCGGCUGAUCCCAGUGAUUCCCAUAUGUCCUCCGAUUUAGAUGGUGACGAUCACAAUGGUACCAUGGAUUCGGACGAUGACAAAGAAUCUGAAGGCCAUGAUGCGUAG